UUCUUUGACCCGGGGCUGGAACUCAGGGGCUGGGGGGGCAGGAGCGGCAGCCCCCCUGGCCGGAAGUGGUUUCCAUCCUACCCAGGGUGCCCAGCCCCCCCGUAACAUCGCUCUAAUUCCCGCCUUUGCAGAAGGGACCGGACCGGGAGCCACCAACAACCAGGAACCGACUCCCCCGCGUCUCCCCAGCGGCUCCCUCCGCCCCUCGCUCCCCGACCGGGCUGAUUGAGGCUUAAACCCGCCGAGCUCCGGGUCCCGCCCCGCCUAGACGCGCCCAAUGUCAGUGACCUUUGAGGAUGUGGCCGUGUAUUUCUCCCCAGCGGAGUGGGCACUGCUGGGCGAGGAGCAAAAGCAACUUUACAGACACGUCAUGUGGGAAAAUUACCAGACUCUGGUCUCAUUAGGAAUCAAAACGCCCAAGCCAGUGAUGAUCUCCAGCAUAGAGCAAGGGGAAGAUCUGUGUGUUCAGGGUCCCACAGAAGAUGAAGAUGGGGACAUCCUGAGAGCCACCCACCCAGAUUUUCCAGAUGCAGAAGAGACCUGGGACUGGCCAGCAAUUGAAAGCUCCUUGGGCUUCUUCCUCACACACAGCUCUUCCCCUGGAGCAGCAAGGGCAAGGAACCUGAACAGAGCUGUGGGGCAGACUCCUGAGGAAGGGCCUGGUAACCUGGAGCCACUCAGGCCUUUCCCAGGGACAUCCGGGAAGAACCAUUCCAAGAAAUCUGAGCAGGGAGGACAGCACAAGAGGCAGGGGAGGCCACAAAGGCCGAAGAAAAAUCUGACCAGGAAGGAGCCAGCAACCUCAAGAGGCCAUCAGAGGAGAUCCAGGCCAGAUCCAAAGCCUGCAAAGGGAAAAGCGGAGUCCAGAGAGAGCUUAUAUACCUGCCGUGUGUGCAGGGAAGAAUUCAAGGUGCAGAGAGACCUGAUAAGUCACCACUCGAUGGUUCAUAAGAAACAGGAACUGUAUCACUGUAGCGAGUGUGGGGAGAGUUUUAGGAGAAAGAAGGAGCUCAGCGCACAUGGGAAAGCUCACAGAAAGAAGAGACACCAUCCCUGUUCUGAAUGUGGGAAGAUAUUCAACCAGUUAUCACUGCUCACUGCCCACCAGAGAAUCCACACUGGGGAGAGACCAUAUCACUGUGCUGUGUGUGGAAAAAGAUUCUUAUACUUAUCAGCUUUUACCAUACACAAGAGAAUCCACUCAGGAGAGAGACCCUAUGCCUGCACUGAGUGUGGAAAGCAAUUUAUGGAUUCGUCAACAUUUCGUAGACAUCAGGCAAUCCACUCAGAAAAGAGACCCCAUCGCUGUAACCAAUGUGGGAAAGGCUUCAAACAUACAUCAAAUCUUACUAGGCACCAGAAAAUCCACAGCGGAGAGAAACCCUUCUUGUGCCACGAGUGUGGGAAAAAGUUCUGCCAACGAGAACAUCUGAUCAGACAUCAGAUGAUCCACACUGGGGAGCAGCCCCAUUGCUGUGCUAAGUGUGGGAAAAAAUUCAGUCUCCUUCAAAGUCUCAAGAGGCACCAGGAAACCCAUAGUACAGAGAGACUCCAUAGCUGUGCUGAGUGUGGGAAAAUAUUCCGUCAUCCAGAAAAUCUCUCUAGACACAAGAGAGUCCACACUGGGAAACUCCAUCGCUGCACUGACUGUGGAAAAGGCUUUGUCUAUAUACAUCAUUUCAAGAGCCAUCAGAGAAUCCACACUGGAGAGAAACCCUAUAGCUGCUCUGAGUGUGGGAAAAGUUUCACCCAAUCGUCAGGCCUCACCAACCACCUGAUAAUCCAUUCAGGAGAGCGACCCUAUCCCUGCACUCAGUGUGGGAAGUGCUUUGCUCACUCGUCAUCUCUUACUGAACAUCUGAAAAUCCAUUCAGGAGAGCGACCAUAUUCCUGCAUUCAGUGUGGGAAGCACUUUGCUCGCUCAUCAUCUCUUACUCAGCAUCAGAGAACCCACCCAGGAGAGCAACCAUAUUCCUGCGCUCAGUGUGGGAAGCGCUUUGCUCGCUUAUCACGUCUUACUAAACACCAGAGCACCCACUCUUCUUGAUGGAGGGAACCUCUUCAUUCUGUCACUUCACCCUGUUCUCAAAGUCUGUAAAAGAGGGAGAACUUGCUCCCACUCUGAAAUGUUCCCACCUCUUCACUAAGCAGACACGAGUUUAGCUUCUGGGUUUGUUAAAAUUAUAUUGUGUAGUCCUGGAGAUGGGAGCAUUUAACCCUAGAGGUACCAAAACAUUCCAUUGUGGGCAUUAUGGGCUGCAGCUGGGACAGAGAUGAUUGGUGUCAGGACUGCACUUUGGAGGCCACAAAUCAAUCAAACUCCCACAGCAGUACCAGGCCAGUGUCUCCCUGUUCCUCAAGUGGGGAAAAACGUGGCCUUGCCUCUCUGUCAGGGGGCGAUGAUGAGAUGCGACUUUAUGUCACUGUUGUUUCAUCGUUCUUGGAGGGAAUAAAAUAAUACAAGAGACUGA